AUGGACACUAUUUCUACGUUGUGGCAGCUCGAUACCCUGGUGCGAGCCACGGACCACCUCACUAACUCCACGAACGAGCCUCUUCAGCUUCAGAACUUCGUCGAAAACCAGUUCCUUGAUUGUGCACACACACCGGAAUGGAUAGAUUCGCCUUCCCCUCGCUCAGGCACACUCUUGCUGAAAGUGCCUCUCAGUCCCCCAAACGUCGUCGUCGACUACGCCAUCAAUGUCGCGUCUCGAGCUUUCCCAGCAUGGUCACAGACCACACCCCACGAGCGGUCUGAUCUUCUACUCCGAGUUGCGUCGAUUCUGGAUGAAAAGAAAGAAAUCUAUAGGGCAUCUAUUCUAAAAUUAACCUCUCAGAAUAAUCUUUAG